CGCCUUUGGUUGACUUAAUUUUCUGCAGUCUCUAGGAACCCCUGGUCGCUCGGCGACUGCACGAUUGCAGGGAGAGUAAACCACCAUGGAUGAAUCCUGGCGCACAACCGAGGAAGAAAAUCUCUCGUCCCUCCGUCCCACGACCGCCUGCCGUCCAGGCUGCUCAGCAGCAACAGAAGCAGCCUGCUGUCCUACCCUCCCCCGCCCCUAGCGACGACACGAGCCCUGGCCUCUCGAGCGCUCUGGAUAGCCCAAAGACGAAUGCUCUCUCCCUCGCCGAUGCGCACAACAUGGGACCAACAAGUCCCUCGGCUCCGCCCACGCGCCCGGUCACCAAUUUCCGCUUCGUCUACGCAACCGCUCAUACUCGGGACCCUCAGGAGGCACCGGAACAUGGGACGGUGGGUCGCAUCGAUCCGGUCGAGAACUACCCUCCGACGCAGUCACACAUAUCUCAGCCUCCUCGCAGCGCAGCUCAAGUCGCAGGUGCUAGCUAUGCCAGGGAGUCUCCGCCCACGGGUUCAGGUGUGGCCGCCCCGCCGUUGAAAAGGCGGCGCCUAGACAAUGUACCCCCCGACUCGCUCCAAUACCCUCUGCUACUUUCGGCGCUGGAACAACAUCUCCAGGCCUGGGGAGGGUAUGAGGCCCUCGAGCCCACCGUUGAGAAGCCGCGGGUGAUGCUUCUCAGGGAAGCCUGUAGAGAUAACGAUGGCUUCUUCGUCAUCUUGCACCAGCUGUUCUCCAUCUGGUCCCUUAAUAAGCGGGAGGCUUACGAUUGUCUGCCCCUGAAUCCCCCCCUCGUUGACCAGGCAUUCGAGAUGCUCGAGACAGUUCUCAAGAAGAACGAGCUACUCUCGCCGACACACCGGCAUUGGUUCGUUCAGUUCCCUGUCCCUGCCAAGCAGCUUGCUCAGUGGAAUAACGGCCAGACCGUCGUCCAGCCUAUCGCCUUCUUUCUGGAAGCGCUGGUCAAUGAAUGCGGAAACAUGAUGACGGCAUGUGUGCAACGGAAAUACCCUUUCCUCGUAGACGAGCUGCUGGGUCGUCUGAAAUGCUUCUCGCCGGUCUUGCAGCUCAUUCUCUUUACCGCAUGUCGGAGACGCUUAGGGGUGCUGGACGGCCAGUUGGGCAGCUCGAUGGAGCAGGCGUUUCGAGAGGACCAGAGCAGACAUCGCGACGCUAACGGCCAACAAACCCUGGUGCCUCUAACCUACCCGGGGGAGCUCGAGCAGCGGAAUUCGAGCCUCAUAGACUUCUACAGACUGACCGUCCAGGCGGCAGCGUUCCGGGCUCCUGGCCAGUCCGACCAUCGGUCCCAGCCCCUGGCAGGGCAGCCACAACAACACCAAGUGCUCCCACCUCACUCCGGUCCGAGCCCUUUCCGCCCAACAUACUCAAGCACAGCUCCACCGACGUCAUCUGAAGCUUCUAGCGCAACGUCAAGUCCAUACACCACCGCCCCACGAGGGACAGUCGGUACGGGGGCAACACAGGGGGUACCACUAGCAACCAACACACCGGCAUACCACCACCCAAACCAGGCCUCAUUUGUGUCAAAUGCACGAUAUUAUCCGGCGGGUGGCCCCCAGGACUUGCAACAGCGGGCUUCGUGGCAACUCAAACAUUUCUUGCAAGGGCAGCAGGUUGGCUUGCAAAUACAGCGUAAGCUCUCGCAGCUGACACAGCAGACGAACCAGCAGCAGCAGUAUCAGCACAACUUGCAAUUCACGACAUCUCUUUCUUCGCAGACCACUUUCCAGCCUCGGGCACACCUCCCGCCUAGCACGACGCCGCAAUACCACAGCUCCCCCCAGCCCGCGCAAGCCCCCCAACUGCAGCAGGUGCACUACAAUACUCGGCCGCCACACGGUCAACCUCAGGCCCCUACCAUCAACUUUGUCCUGAACGGAGCGCGUCCCGGAUCGGCCAUGGGAACCGGGCCCUCGACGCCGCAGUCACAGCAGGGCAACACACCGCAGCGACAGCAGGCAGUGGGAGCGAGCGACCCCCUGUUUCCGCCCAAGGGCACCAUGAUCAUGAGGACGGAUUGGCCACACGAUCCAACCGAACGAAAAUCGAUUCUGAUGUCUCUGCAUCAGGCCCACGUCCGCAGCCCCAAACGGGUCCUCAAGGAGGGUGAGACGGCGCGUCUUUACCAAGCGGUCAAAUCUCUCCCGGUCCCGCCGACAGCGGUGCCCCCCAAGAACACCAUGUACGAAUUCCGGUUUCAGGUGACGGAGGAGCAAUUUGCCCGGCUGGCAACCAAGUCGAGGAGGCCUGGUGAAGUGGUACCGGUAGUCGAGCACUUCGACGGCGCGCUUCGUUGGCGGGUUCGAAGCUGCAUGGUCCAAGGCUCGACCGGGGCGCUCAGCGAGCGAGACUGGGUGACGCUGGACACGAGCUGGCCUUCCUUCAUCCACAUGACGCUGAACCACAAAGUCCUCGACGUCCGCAGGAAAUCACACAACGGGAAAGACCUGCCCACGGAAAUCACCGACUUCGUCGUACGCGGCACCAACGUCCUCAUGGUCGCCGUCCACGACUCGCACGGUGAGAAGGCCAAAAACUGCCAUCUCGCGGUCGAGAUGCUCGAGACGCUCGGCCAUUCGGCGGUCAUGGACAUCGUCCGGUCGCAGGGCGCGAUCCCCGAAGAGGAGACGCUCAACACCAUCAAGAAGCGCCUGACGUCCUCCGUUGUUGACGACGACGACGACGAGAUCUCUUUCGAAGCGCCCGACCUCUCCAUCGACCUCGCCGACCCCUUCAGCGCCAAGAUCUUCACGAUACCCGCCCGCGGGGCCGACUGCACGCACAUGGAGUGCUUCGACCUCGACACCUGGCUCAGCACGCGCCCGGCGGCCAAGCCGACCAUCAAGUGCGCCCACAGGCAGGUCCAGUGCGAUUGCCGGAACGCGGCCGAGCCGUCCAACCCGGACAAGUGGCGCUGCCCGAUCUGCCUCAAGGACGCGCGCCCGUACAGCCUCCGAAUCGACGCGUUCCUGCUCAAGAUCCGUAAGCAGCUCGAGGCCGACGGCAAGCUGCACACCAAGCGCCUGUUGGUCAAGGCCGACGGGUCCUGGUCGGUCGUGCUGGAGGACGAGCCGGACGAUAACGAGGCCGAGGCCGAUAGCGAUGGCGAGGGUCGCGCCAAGGCCGCCAAUACUGCUGCUGCUGCUGCUGUUGCUCCUGUUGCUGCUGUUGCUGCCGUGGUGCCGAAGCGGCAGGUGGAAGUAAUCGAGAUUGACUAAGUCGGCUGAUCUCGCUGGCUGCUCAUCAUGUUCUCUUCCUGCCCAUCCUCCUCCUCAUUGAGCCGAGCCGCGGCCUCGCAUUGGCCACGCAGUGGGCGCCAUCCGCUCCACUUCCCCUCCUAACCUAGGGCCAUCAUCGUUGCCUUGGUCAGGGCGGAGCAUGAUUUCUUACAAGUCUUCGGUUUUGCUUUUUUUUUUUUUUUUUU